GUCUAACAAAUCCAGCAGGGUACUUCUAGUUUUGCGUGGAUCGCACGCAAAAAUCAAUGUUCCUCUAACUCAUUUGAUCGCGGUUCGUCGCGUGUCCAGCCUUCUCCCAUUUGCGAUUUUCUAUUCAUUAGCCACGAUCGAGACCUACCUUGCUCCUACACAAAAAGUUGGAAGUCGAGCGCCCAUCAAAUGAAUCCAUCGCGACCGCAGCACCACAACACCAUUACCACCGCGCACAGCCAUUGAUUUAUUAAUUCGUGCCCGACGUUACUCAUAAAUCGACUCAUACUCUGGCGACGAUUACCAAUUCGAUCUACAACCUUAGGCACAACACGAUCGUCAGGAAAUAAUACGGGAAGCACGGGUGAAGGAUCGGUGACGGUGAACUGAGAAGUCUUCAAUCAUUGACAAAACUUUGCGGGAUACCUCACUCCAUGUGAGGCUUCGAGUUAGUGAUGGCCACUCAACAAGAUGCAGAGCCCGCUCCAACGAGCAGCGCCGCCGGUGUUUCUUCAACGUCAAAAUCAGACCAUUCAUCAACAUCGACUCCCAACAAUAAAUCAGAUGCGCCGGACGAUUCAAACACUGGCGCCCAGUCAGCUCGCGACAAAGAUGCCUUCAAACAAAUCUUGAUAGGGCAGGCAAUCGCCCGAGAUCAUAUACACUCCGCUGCCAUGAUCAGCGACAAAGAUCGCCAAAACGAGCACAACAAGUACCAGUUCAAGAUGAUCAACGACUACAAACUUUUGCGUAACGAGUAUAGAGCCUGGUUCACGCCUAGUAGGCUCUUCGGCGAGGGCUAUAGUGGCUACGGCAAUGGAAGAACCGAGACAGGACAGCCGUCGCAAUUGAUAUAUCCAGCCAACAGACUCCGACCCGGCAAGCGACAAGCGCCGCCUUUAAAAUGGAAGAGAAAAGACAUGAAGCAACAGGCCGAACAGCACGAAGAGUUGGUACCUGUCAGAUUAGAUGUGGAUUGGGAUAAGAUUAAGCUGCGCGACACCUUUACGUGGAACCUCCACGAGAGGAUUGUCGGCGCCGAAUUGUUCGCUGCGCAUUUGGUGGAAGAUAUGGGACUGAAGGCGCCUGCAGCACAGCCAGUUUUUGACCAAGUCAUCCAACAGAUGCACGAACAACUCAACGACUUUUACCCUUUCGUAUUCUCCGACGAAGAUGCCUUAGACCCUGAGCUGCCAUAUUCAGCUUGGAAGAAUGACGAGAUGCGGAUAUUAGUCAAGUUGAACAUCACCAUCGGGCAGCACACUUUGGUAGAUCAAUUCGAAUGGGAGAUCAACAAUCCUCUCAACUCCCCCGAAGAGUUUGCUGCGAGCAUGGCCAAAGAUCUCGCGCUCUCCGGAGAAUUUACCACCGCCAUUGCGCACUGUAUCCGAGAACAAACCCAACUGUUUACGCGGAGCUUGUACAGCGUUGGACAUCCAUUCGACGGUAGACCAAUUGAGGAUCCGGAUCUAGUCGCGGCUUUCCUUCCCUCGCCCCUACCUUCUGUAUUCAGGCCGCAGCAACAAGCCAAAGAAUAUGCUCCGUAUAUGUACGAGCUCAGCGAAGCAGACUUGGAAAGGAACGAGAUGGUAUUCUCUAGAGAACAGAGAAGACAGAAGAGAUCGAUCAAUAGACGAGGUGGUCCCUCGCUACCUGACUUAAAGGAGAGACAGAGAACAAUCCGCACGCUUGUCGUAUCAUCUACCUUACCCGGCGCAGCAACCAGCGUAGAAGAAAGCAGACUUUAUAAACGGGUUGCCGGUGCACCGGGUGCAGGCCGGAGGAGAGGAGCAGGCGCACGUGAUGGCGAUAUCUCUGAUUCGGACGAAAGUGACGAUUCGGGCCCUGACUCGCCGGCAGCUUCACAGCUAGCUGGCACGGCGAGAACUAGGGGUAUGAGAGGUGCCGCCACUGCAGCCCAACAGCGAAUGGCGAACCUUGGCCGGUCCGAAACCCCUGAAGCAACGAUACAUCACCACGAAACCCGGACAUCGAGGAGGUUUGGACGUGAACUAACUAGAGAAGAUACCGAAGAACCUCAACAUUUCCGCAUUACCCUCAGGGUAUCAAAUAAAGACCGGCUACGAAAAAUCUUACUACGCGACCCUAAGUUGAAACAGGGUACACCAGGCAGAUCACAGACCCCAUCUCAGCCCCCAGCUCGUGCCCAUAGUGCUUCUGCAUCGAAUAGCAUGCCUCCUCCUUCCACCCCGAAUGUGUCGACAUCAGCAAUCCCGGUAGCACCCCCUCCUGGCGGCGUACCUCCAGGACAGAUCGGCCGUGUUGAAGCCCCUGCUCCAAUAGCCGGGGCUCCUCCCCCAGUUCCCCCCCCACCUCCUCAAUGGCUCGCCGCUGCGCUGGAUAAAUUCAAACAGGAGCCGGCCUACGCGAAAGACAGAUUCGAAGGUGUAAUGCGAUACAGUGCGGUAGACGGCAACACGGGCAUGCCAGUUCCCCUUCCGCAACCGGGUGAUCCGAUCCCCCCACAUGUGCGGUUCUACUUCCUUCCCCGGAUCCGCUGCCUCGACUGCCCUGGCAAGCUAUAUACGCCAGGCCCUGAUAUAUCGGCUUCAAACUUCGAGGUACAUCUCAAGAACAAAGUACACAAAGAAAAGGUGGAGCUCCGAAUAGCGUCAGAAAACGGCAGGGUUGGUUGAACAAAUCGGAACGAGUCCAUUAUAUUUUACCGGAUAGGAACGAGAGUAGCAGACGGGAUGCAGAGUAUCUAUAAGACAUGGUGCGGAGUUCUGCGUUAAGGUAUUUCGUUGAUCAAAGGAACUUCUAGAUACGCUCCUCGACUAGUGCUUUGCUGGCUACGGGGAGUUGUUUAAAUUGUGCUUUCAUGGAAGCGCGGAGUAUGUAUCAAUAUCAGCUGCGAACGCCAUAUAAUAUGCUUUCUCUAUCGAGUCUCGCACAGAAACUGAUAGUUCACUUACAUAGUAUGGAGAAAGUUUCCAUGUAGUUAGUUAUCAACGAAACUUCAUAUCUUGCAGAUACUUCCUUGCUGCCAAAGAAGGCUUCAUUCAUAUUACUAGCAAACAAGAUAUUAUAUCACAGCCAAACCCUUUUAACGUUCUAAUGCGCGGUUCGGCAGCUUGAAUAGAGG